AAAAAUCUAUAUUUAGGUAGUUUUAUUGAUGUUUUAAUUAAUAAACAUCUAUUUUGAUUUGUGUCAUGUUUAAAAAAAAUCAUGUAUUAUACUCUUUUGGAAAUCAGUAUGUCUUGAAUUGGAAUACAAGCAAGUAAAAUAUUGUUGACGGUGCCAUAAUAUGAAUAGCAGGUGUAAAGCGUUCCUUCGGUUGGAUACAGAAAGAUACCAUGUGUUCUGUUCUUAUUGCGAACGUGAUUCCAUUCGUAUUGAGCCAGUGGUCAAAUAUUUUAAGAGACGAGGAUGUCUGGUCAAUGAUUUUGAUCCAACAACGGGACAACCAGUACUACAAGCCAUAGUUGAUGACGAAAUAGACCAAUCAAAAUCUACAGUUUUAUUCAUCACAAACAAUUUCCUAGCUGACGAACGAUGCCAAGCCAUGAUAAAUAUUGCAAUAAUGAAGUAUAUCGAUACGAAGGGGAGGCACAGAAUUGUGUCGGUGAUCAUGGAAAAAUGUUCAAUUCCUUUACCAUUAAAAAUGUUCAAAUGUAUUCAUGUAUGGAAAUCGUCACUGCCACUACAUACCAGUACUUGGGGAGGCCGGCAUUUCAAUAGCGCUCAGAUUUUCGAUCUGAUAGUCAAAUGUAUAACGGAUGCACCACCAAAGUUCAAGAGAAUUCAAAAGUACGGCUUAAAGACACUGAUAUAUACGAAGAACAGUGUGGAAAAAGUGCAGCUGAAUGUUUCUCACAACAAAUCAGCUAAAAAGAAAAGGUUUAUUAGUCCAAUACAAUUAUGGAAACUUUCGAAAAACCUUCAUUAUUGUUUUAUUCACUGCAGAUAUGGUCAAUGUAGUUUCUUUUGUAGAGGAGAAAAUGUUCACCUCUUUUCACAACACGUACAAGAAUGCAAAUAUCAACCAAAUAAAUGCCCGAAUGAAGGGUGCUUAAUUGCUUCUUCUAAAUACUCAUUAGCAAAUCAUUUAGAAUCAUGUCCGUUUUCCACGACCAACUGUCCAUCAGAAGGGUGUGACAAGCGACUUAAAAGACGUCUGCUUGGUGAUCAUCUUCAUAUGUGUCACCAUCGACUGAUUCCCUGUCCGUAUAACAAAUCUGGUUGCCAAGAAGUGAUGAAAAGGGAAAAUAUGAAGGAACAUGCUUCAAAGUGUAAAUUCAAAGUGUAUAAAUGUCAAUAUUGCUGGAAAACUGUUCUCUGGAAAGAAGCUGAUUUACAUUUAGAAAAAUGUAACAAUAUCACAAUAAAAUGCGAAUGUUGCCGACAUGCAAUAUUAAAAAGGGAAAAAAUUACACAUGAGAAAGUUUGUUUGAAGGCACAUGUUUCAUGUCCUAAUCCAGGUUGCGGAAUGCAAAUGAAAGGUUACCAGUAUCUGCAACACAAAAACUACUGUCAAUAUCGUAUUGUCAACUGCAAGUAUAAACAGAAUGGAUGUCGAGUUAAAGCACCUAAUAUAACCAUCAACAGUCAUAUUGAAAAAUGUCCAUACAGAUCAAUGACAUGUGACAUUUGUGAAAAAGAAGUAAUGGCGGCUGAUUUGGAACGACACACAAGUGAAUGUACUUCAGUUGUUAGUUGUAAAAGGUGCAAUCAGCAAGUAGCGAAAUCAGCUCUGAAUUUACAUAAUCGUUUGUGUCCUAGAAAGAAUUACAAAAUAGUGUGUGAUAUCUGUCGACAGCUAGUCGAUCCAUAUCAACUAGAAAAUCACAAAUCUCAGUGCCAAAACUGUAUAACUGACUGCCCUUACACUAGGAAAGGAUGCCACGUUCGUGAAAGCGUCAUGUCUAUUGAUAGACACGCAAAAGAAUGUCUGUUUAGACCAGCUAUAUGUGAGGAUUGCGGGUUGGAAAUGACUACUUCAGAAAUGGAUUUACAUCUGAAAGAUUGUCUGAAAGAUAAGGUCUGUCAAUCGGCAGAUGACGAAGAAAGUGAACCAAAACUUGAGCUAGAGAAUGAUAAAAGGGAAAAUGAAUCAUCACAUCAACAACAUACUGAUUUAGAUCAUGCAGUCAGUACAAAAUUUAUUACCCAUCAAGGAUCGACCAUCGAAAACGAAGCUCUUCAAAAUGUAACUCUUAUAUCAUUUGAUAAGGUGCUUCCAAUAGCGAAAUUGAUUGAUUGUAGUGGUGGAAUUUGGGAUGAAAACAGGUCCAGUACAAAAUGGACCGGAGGUAGAUAUGCAAAAGGAAGAAGAAAGUUUAAUUAUCUGCUUGAUAUGAUUGACAAGAAGAGAUUAAAUAUAAAAACAUCGGACAUAAAACAUAUAUGUAAUUAUGGAUGCAAAAAGUAUGACAACGAUCUUUAUGGUGUACUUCAAUUUCGGUAACACAAUCUUUUCAUCUCAUCAACAAAAACUGUUCAGUUAAAAAAACAUAAAAGAAUUAAGUGUGCACUAGUAUAUGUGGUACGCCACUUUUGUAUACCUUGACAUCAUGGCAGGGUUUACUUCGACAGGGUAAAGAAGCAACUAUUUUUAAUUAAUAUCGAAACCAUGUGCGGUAUUCAAAAUCGCAACGUGAGAUUUGAUAAGCUAAGUGAUCAGUGUAAAUAAUAUUCUAGUCAACGCAGCCCCUAGUCCGUAAAUUGUCUGACGUCCAAUGGCUGUUUUGCCAGAAAGCUUUGACUGCGGACUACAGAGCUCUCCCAUAUCAAAAUGUGGAUAUUUGCUCAUCUAAAAUUCCAAACAGCCUUCAGACGUCAGAGCAAUUUCAAACUACGCGGCCUUAAAACUAAAGUGUACAUAUCAAGAAGUCAGCAGCUUCAGAAAAAUAAAUUAUUUUCAAAAG